UCUCCUCCAGUACUCUCUCCUCUUCCGCCGUGGAGUCCCGGCUCUCUCGUAUCGGUGCCCUCCUCCAGGGGCUGGGGGGAGGCCAGGGGACCUCUUCCCGGUUCCUGCCCGGGCUCGUGUCCACCUCCACCGGGGACAGCCAUGGCUCGGAGCGCAGGGACAGACGCGGCUCUACCCGCUCUCGGAUGCCGGUGAUGCGGGGUCUGAUCGCGCCUCAGAACACCUUCCUGGAGACCAUCGCCACCCGGUUCGACGGAACCCACAGUAACUUUGUGCUGGGGAACGCUCAGGUCCAGACCCUCUACCCAAUCGUCUACUGUUCGGACGGUUUCUGCGAACUCACUGGCUUCGCCCGAGGGGAGCUGAUGCAGAGGAGCUGCACGUGUCACUUCCUGUACGGCGGUGAGACCAGCGAACGCCUCACCGCGCAGAUGCAGAACGCACUGGACGAACGACGGGAGUUCAAGACCGAGAUCAUUCUGUACAAAAAGAGCGGUUCUAAGUUCUGGUGUCUGCUGGACAUCGUACCCAUAAAGAACGAGAAGAGCGAGGUGGUUCUGUUUCUGGUCUCACAUAAGGACAUCACUGAAAAUAAAAACCACUUCGACCAUGGCGACGAAUCGGAGACUGAUGAAGAAACAGGUCUGGAGGUCCACCGGAUCAGCCGUCCUCAGGGCUACAGUAUGGAGCGGCGUCGCAGUCGGGCCGUCCUCUACCAGCUGUCUGGACAUCUGCAGAAACGAGACAAGACCAAGAGCAAACUCAAGAUCAACAACAACGUUCUCGGAGCUAAUGCUAACCCGGUUCCGGAGUACAAGGUGGCAGACGUCCACAAGUCCCGCUUCAUCCUCCUCCACUACGGUGCCUUCAAGGCCGGCUGGGAUUGGCUGAUCCUGUUGGCUACCUUCUACGUAGCCGUCACCGUUCCGUACAACGUCUGCUUCAUGGCCGUGGAGAUCCGAGAAGACGGCGGAUCGGCGGCGGCGAGGAACCCGCCCAGUGUUAGCGACAUCCUGGUGGAGAUACUGUUUAUCAUCGACAUUGUGCUGAACUUCCGUACCUCCUACGUCAGUACUUCUGGUCAGGUGGUGUACGACGCUCGCUGCAUCUGCAUCCAUUACGUCUCUUCCUGGUUGUUUGUGGAUCUGAUCGCGGCGCUGCCCUUUGACCUCCUGUACGCCUUCAACAUCAGCGUGAACUUCGGGGUGCACCUCCUGAAGACGGUGCGCCUCCUGCGCCUCCUGCGCCUCCUGCAGAAGUUGGACCGCUACUCCCAGUACAGCGCGGUGGUGCUCACCCUGCUCAUGUCCACCUUCGCUCUGCUCGGACACUGGAUGGCCUGCGUCUGGUACUUCAUCGGACGCAGCGAGAUCCAGAGCCAUAGCCCCGCCUCCUGGGACGUAGGAUGGCUCCACGAGUUAGCCAAGCGUUUGGGAACUCCGUACAUCCUGGCUCCGCUGACGUCUCUGUUGGCCGUUUCGGAUUCGCCUCAUGGCGGCGGCGUAGCGGCGGCGUCAGGACUGACCAACGGCAGCCAGUGGAACGCCUCCGGGCCCGACGUGGCGCCCGGUUGGAGCCAAUGGAACGGCAGCGGCAGGACCAGGCUGAGGAUGGCCGCCGGAUCGGGGGCGGGGCUGAGCGGCGGUCCGUCCGUCAGGAGUUCGUACGUGACGUCGCUGUACUUCGCUCUGAGCAGUCUGACCAGCGUGGGCUUCGGAAACGUUUCGGCUAACACCGACUCCGAAAAGAUCUUCUCCAUCUGCACCAUGCUCAUCGGAGCUCUGAUGCACGCCGUGGUGUUCGGAAACGUGACGGCCAUCAUCCAGAGGAUGUACUCGCGGCGCUCCCUCUACCACACCCGCACCAAAGACCUGAAGGACUUCAUCCGGGUUCACCGCCUGCCCAAAGCCCUUGAGCAACGCAUGAUGGAGUGUUUCCAGACCACGUGGUCCGUCAACAACGGGAUUGACGUCAACGAGGUACGAAGAAC